AAAGAUCUUGCGAUAAAACAUUUUUGUUUAAUAUAUAUUUUUAAAAACUAUUAACUAAUAAAUAAGUAAAUUAAUAAAUAAUAUCGCAAUUAAUUAACGGCAUUGCAAAUGACUUCUCGGCCGCCAAAUAACGUGGAUUACUAUAAAUCUCUGGUCAAACGGCUAUACAAUUAUGAGGUGACAAAUGUGAAAGAACUCAACGGUUAUGACGACCGGAACUAUCAUUUAGUGACCACCGAUUCAAAGCAGUUUGUGCUGAAGAUCACCAACAAAGAGGAGUCGGCAGAAACUGGACUAUUGGACGCCGUCAACUCAUUUAUGUUACACUUGUAUAACAAUGGCUUUAAAGUAACGGUUCCUCAGAUCGACACCAAUGGCAAAUAUGUGUCGUUUGAAGCGAUUCCAGCCACAGGUCAAGAGGUCAUAGACACGGCAUUAGACAACCACUAUGGGGUCAGACUAUUGGAGUACGUCAGCGGUCAACUGCUCCGGGAUGUGCCCUUC